AUGUCCAGCUCCCAGAAGAUCGCCGAAAUCAUCUUGCACUGCUUUCUUCCCUAUACCGUGAAAUCCGGCAAAGGUGACCGGAUGAACGACGUUGGUGUAGGCGACGCAGUACAUUGCUCGCCCGACGACUGGCCCCAAUCCGGUGAACAAGAACCAUGGAAAUUAGAAAUCGCACAAUAUGGGAAUGGGUCGCUACGCAAUGCAGUCCUUGCUUUUAAACGGACUCAUCCACUCGAGAACGUGAGGCUAAUCGGGAGUCUGGGUAUCGGGGCCGAUGAAAUGACGUCUACUACGGUAGCCUCAAUCAAGACCAGCCUAGAGCAUGUGCACAAUGCUUCUUUGGUGCUAAUACAGCCAGAAAUGCUAGACAAGCAUUAUGCACAUUACUGCCAAAGACUGGCAUGGCCCAUUCUUAACUCCCAGAUCCCCGAUUGCCCGCGAAACCACGUAUACGACGAGUCUUUCUGGGAGGAAUAUGUUCGAGUCAACCAGGCCUUUGCCGAUGAGAUAAUGGCAAAGUGGCAUCCAGGAGAUUUCGUUUGGAUCCACGACUACCAUUUGGCACUGACACCGGGUUUGAUGCGGCAAAAACUCCCCAACAGCGUCAUCGGAUUCUUUUUUCACUCUUCUUUUCCACCAUCGGAGGUCUUUCGUUGCCUUGCUGAACGGGAGCGUUUUCUCGCGGGUGUGUUAGGCGCUGAUAUUGUUGGCUUCCAAACCGAUGAGCAUCGUUUGCAUUUCGUGCGCAGCUGUCGUCGCCUGUUGAGUGUGGAUGUAUCUGCUCAUACCGUCCACUUUGAAGGCCGUGUAAUCAGGACACGCACUUUUCCCAUCGGCAUAGAUAUUGCCAGGCUGCUAGAUACAUUCCAAAAUCAGAUAACCGGAGAGUGGAUCAAAAGUCUCCAACAAGAAUACUUCGGCAAAUCUUUAGUCAUUGGUCGAGAUCGACUUGACGGCGUCACUGGUGUUAAGCAGAAACUCCUGAUAUACGAACAUUUCCUCGACUCGUACCCUGAAUGGGUAGGAAAAGUCGUGCUUGUGCAAGUCGCUUUGCCUUGUCCUGGGUCGUCAAGCGUCUUUUCCGAAGUAUCUUCUAUUGCUAUGCGGAUCAACUCGAAACAUGCGAGCCUGACCUACCAACCGGUAGUUCUCCUCACCCAUGAAAUCCCUUUUGCUCAGUAUCUGGCUCUCCUGACAAUCGGCAAAGUCUGUCUAGUCACUAGUCUUCAAGAGGCUAUGAAUCUCGUGACGCACGACUUUAUCUGCUGCCAGGCAUCCUCAACAGCAUCCUCAGACCGUGGUGCUCUGGUUGUUAGUGAGUUUGCAGGUAGUGCUACUGAUUUCGGGGAGGCUGCCUUAGUGGUCAAUCCUUGGGACCGUAAGGCCUGCGCGCAUGCACUUAAAGACGCCCUGGAAUUGACACCGCAGGAUGCAGAGAGGCGAUGUCGGAUCUUGUAUCACACUAUUUGCGAACGCGAUGCCGCACGCUGGUGCCAAGGGUUCUUGUCAGCUUUACAAGAUAUUGAGGUCAGUCGUGCUCGCCACAUCGAGGUAUCGCAAUUAGACAAGAGGAACCCAUUUCAGACAUGGCACAAGCACUCAUUCAGCUCGUCAAUUAUCAUUUUCAGCGAUGACCACGGUCUGACAAAGAACGAUAACGACGAACUCAUGGACUUCUUUAACCAUGCAGUUCAUGACGGCGGUAGCACUGUUUAUGUGGUCAGCGCUUUGCCGAAAGAGAAGUUGGAGGGACCGAUGCAAGCGUCACCUGGAAUAGGCAUUAUCACCGAAGACGGGAGUAUUUUCCGAAAUCCAGGAGAAAGCAAGUGGGAUAGUGUUCAGACAUCUACGUCUCUGCAGAGAUACCCGGCCAUCGACGCGGUCAUCAGUUACUUCCAGGAGCGGACGCCGGGGAGCAAUGUCAGUAAGACAGAUUAUAUGGCAAAGUUCUCCUUCUCAAAAGGUGACAAGCAUGCACUACGGCAGGCAGUUGGUUUAGCUGAGGAUUUGAUCGGCUGUUACGGAAACGACAGCAUCCGUGUGGUUCAAGCGGCUGAUGCAGUUGCAAUAUUUCCAGCACGAAUGGGCUGGAGCCAGACGUUGCGAUUCCUGCUUCGGAAACCCCUCACCGAUAUUCGCAGCCAGAGAAGUCAGUGUCACCAAGAAAAGACGUCCAUGCUGAUAGUGGGGCAAGGGAUCGUGUUUGAGGAUAUUAUUCGGUGGACAAAAGAGGAAGAGGUCCUGCUAAGCGCAGUGACACGUAUCUACUCUUUCGCACAGGGUUUUGAGGCAUGGCUGAAAGUAACGCGAGAAGCUGACAGGCCUUGGUACAACUUAAAUCAUCACUAG